GUAGAUUUAUACUGAAGACAUCAAAACUAUGAAAGAACACAUAUGGAAUUAUGGUGCAAACAAAAAAAGUGUUAAACAGAUCAGAAUAUGUUUUUUUAUUUUAGAUUCUUUAAAGUAGCCCCCUUUUGCUUUGAUGACAGCUUUCAUCACUCUUUGCAUUCUCUUAAUCAGCUUCAUGAGGUAGUCUGCUGGAAUGGUUUUGAAUUAACAGGUGUGCCUUACUAGGAUCAAUUUGUAGAAUUACUUGUCUUCUUAAUAUGUUUGAGACCAUCAGCUGUGUUGUGCAGAGGUAGGGUUAGUACACAGUGGAUAUCCCUAUUUGACUGCUGUUGUAAUCCAUAGUACGGCAAAAACCACUCAACUCAGUAAAGAGAAAUGACAAUAAAGCAUGGAGGAGGAGAUGUGUUGGUGUGGGGGUGCUUUGCUGGGGACACUGUUGGUGAUUUAAUCAAAAUUCAAGGCACACUUAACCAACAUGGCUACCACAGCAUUCUGCAGUGACAUGUCAUCCCAUCUGGUUUAUGCUUACUGGUACCAUCAUUUGUUUUUCAACAAGACAAUGACCCCAAACACACCUCCAGGAUGUGUAAGGGCUUUUUGACCAAGACGGAAAGGGAUGGAGUGCUGCGUCAGAUGACCUGGCCUCCACAAUCACCCUACUCAAAUCCAGUUGAGAUGGUCUAAGAUGAGUCAGCCAACAACAUUUUAACACUUUUCCAUAUGAGUUCAUGGUGUGCUUUGAUGUCUUCAGUAUUAAUCUACAAUGUAGAAAAUAAUGAAAUAAGUGGAGCUAUUUUUAGGAUAUUUGGUUGACUGACAUGGACCAAGUGUCCCAAAUAAAUGUAAUUUGGUGAAAUGUAACUUCUGCGGGUGUUUUAAAGGCAUGUUGUCACCAAAGUUAUCACUAGAUCACUUAGCCAGUCGCUAAAUUAUUCACUCAGAUCAAUCACUUAUCAGAGUCACUGAAAUUGUUUAAACAGAGAGAUGAGUCGGAUUUUGAUCCUUGCACUAUUCACUGUGGCGUCCCAUUCCAUUGGGAGUAUGAACCCAAAGCUUAAAAUCAUAUUUCAUCAAAAUCUCCUUAUUCUACAUGUCCCAUCAAAAAUUCACCCAAAAUAAAGCCCAACCCAAAAUCUGUAAAAAACAAAAAAGUACAACUGGAAAGCUACGAGCGACUGAGCUGCAUCCAACAGCCAUGUGACAAAAAUUCAGAGACUGUGGUUGAUAUGAAUACAAAUACUAAAAUAGUAUGUAGUAGUAUCGUAUGUACAGUCACCACUUUUUCAGUUUUCAGUUUUAAAAGCUUUGGCGGACUCCAUCUGCACAGCCAUACAGCACAGCAAGAACCAGGAAGCCCCCAAACAGUCAAUCACUUUCAUUAGCGCAGGGCAGAAGGCACAAGUCCAUCAACCCAGCUCUACAGGGGGGCUCCUCAUCACCGCUCGUGACUGGCAGCUUCAAGUCCCACGAGCGUAAGAGGCCCACGAGCAGAAGAGAGCUAAGGACACAGAGCUCAGCACAGGGUGCCAUAAAGUGCUGGAAAGCCCACUGUGAGCCAGUCGAGGUCCGGUGCCGAGGCUUCGCUGGCCACUCACUUCUGCGAACCUUCAAACCUUUGGAGUUAAAAGACUGCAAUUGAAGAGAGCCAUCAGGAACAUCUUAGAGGCAGCAGAGAGGGCCUCAUGGUGGCUGUGGAUCCAUAGGGGGGAAUCCGUGGAGCAGCUUGCCACUUGGACACAAGCCAGGGACUGAUCACCACCGGCUGAGUCGCCCGGGCAAGGGUGUAUGAAGAUUAAAGACCCGAAACACUCUAUGAUCCCGGGUUCAUCACUUAUGACCUGUGAGUCGCACCAGUAGAUAUAUCCAAACUCUUUCAGCAUUAGUGACACUUAUGGGAAUUUAGGAAAAUGUAAAACAUUAUACUGCACAGAAAUUCUGCACAGUUCCUGUUACUCAUCUGUGCUGUUUCCAUAGAGGCGCACACCUUCAUACUGCAGCUAAAAAUGAAUCCACAGAAUGUGACAGGAGCAAAAAUGACCAGAAGUUGCAUUGACUUCAGAUGAUUAAUAAGAAUUGCUGUAGUGUGAAAAAUAGAAUUGGGUUUAGAUUCAAAUCAUCAAGGCAUGUAAAUCAAAAUGUCUAAAAUGCAGCAGUGUUGCUUGAAGGUCUUGCAUUGAAGUUGAAGAUUUAAUUUCCUUAAAAGACCACGAUGACGCAGACGUCCGUUGCACAAUGCAAUGGCCAAAGAAUAAAGUUACCGUCAGCAUUUACAUCAGAUCAGUAUAAUUGGUGGAGAUGGUUCAAACUACCAUUCAGUUGGCUUUGUUUCUGUUUGAUCAGUAAGUCACAAAACAUGCCUUCUUAUAAAUACAACAGGGUGUUUUACUCUGCCUUUAUGAUAGCACUGAUGUCAGGAUGACAAUUUGAAAUCGGGAGUCUGUUGCCUGUUUCUUGCUUUGGACAGUAGCCAGGCUGUUGCCAACAGUUUUCAGUGAUGAUGGAUGACUGUAACAAACCAACUGGUGCGUCAGAUUAUCUGACAAUAUCUCACCAGCAACAACUCACUUCCUCUGAUGUUAUCACUUACCUAAACACAGAGAAAAAUAGCCAGAAGAGGCAGGGCUAAGAACAAAGGUACCCUUUAAAAGCAGGUUAAUCAUUCACUCUCAUUAGUUCAGUCCAAUCCAUGCUGCCAUGUUUCUUUCACUUGUCCUGCUGGGGCUAUGCAUUUGCUUCAUCAUCCUUCAACUGAGGCCCAGGAGGCCCAAGAACUUUCCACCAGGACCCCCUGUCCUGCCCAUCCUGGGGAACAUUUUGCACCUAAACCUACAGAACCCCUUGGAGGACUUGGAGAAAGCAAAACUCUUUGUCCUCAAGUUAUGUUUCAUAAUGCGGCCUUCAACAUCAUCUGCCAAGUUCUUUUCGGUACACGCUAUGAGUAUGAUGAUGAGUUCAUCACAACAAUUAUCCAGUGUGUCACAGAGGUUGCCAAGAUCGCCAAUGGACCAUGGGCGAUGCUGUAUGACACUCUUCCCUUUAUUCGUAAGCUGCCACUGCCCUUCAACAAGGCCUUCAAGAAUGUCAAGCGUUCUUCUGAACUUGUACUUCGUUUGUUGAACGAGCACAAGAAGACCAGAGUCCCUGGAGAGCCUCGAGACUUUCUUGGCUGCUACCUGGAUGAAAUGGAAAAGAAAGCAGAGGAUUCUUCAUUUUCAGAGGACAAACUCAUAUUUACUGCUCUAGAUCUUCUGUUUGCUGGGACUGACACGACUUCCAACACCCUGCUAACUGCCUUUCUUUACCUUAUGAAUCACCCACACAUACAAGAACAAUGUCAGCAGGAAAUAGACCGGGUGUUGGAAGGGAAGGAUCAGGCCUGUUUUGAUGACAGACACCAGAUGCCCUACAUGCAGGCUGUGAUCCAUGAGUCGCAGAGGAUUGCCAACACUGUUCCACUCAGUGUCUUUCAUUCUACGACUAAAGACUCAGAACUCAUGGGAUAUUCCAUUCCAAAGGGUAUGAUGAUCAUCCAGAACUUGAGCUCAGUGCUGAAUGAGGAGGGUCAGUGGAAAUACCCUCAUGAAUUCAACCCUGAAAACUUCCUCAAUGACCAGGGAGAGUUUGUCAAACCAGAUGCCUUCAUGCCUUUCUCUGCAGGUCCUCGGAUGUGUCUUGGAGAGGGUCUGGCUCGUAUGGAGCUCUUCCUCAUCAUGGUGACUCUGUUGAGAAAGUUUAAGUUCAUCUGGCCUGAGGAUGCAGGAAAACCUGACUAUACUCCCAUCUUUGGGGGCACUGUAACUCCCAAACCUUAUCCCAUGAAGGUCCAACACAGGCUUUAAAUCGCACUAAAUUGAGUGACAGGUGCAAUAAAAAAAGUUUCAUUGAUGAAUAAACUUUGUUUUUGUUGGGAAAACAUCAAGCUCAACAUCAAACACUGAAUAAAACACAUAUAGAAUACACAAAUACACUUACUUGUUGUAUUGUCAAUUAAAACCAUACAAACCUUGUUGAUUAGCAUGAUUCAAAUAUUAAAUUAAGUGUUGAAUAUUUUCAUUUGGGGACAUUUUGUCGAAUGACUGUGUAUCAAAUAAGAAAAAUACUCUUAUCAUUAUACCUGACAAAUCAGGCCUGUCACUUUUUGCUUCUGGCUUUUGGUUUCACUUUCUUCUAAAUUGCUCUAUGCAUGACCAUGCAACUUAGGUCGUCAUAGAAAUAGUGCAGAUUGACUCAGAUGAACACAAACUGAGAGUUUAUCAGUAAUUUGAUGAUAAUAAUGGAAAGUUUUUUUGUGCUGCCCUUAAAAGCAGUUAAGAGUAAAUCUAGUGAAUUAUGACCUAAGUUAGGUGGUUAAAUAAUAUGUCAAGCCAUCAGUCUGUGCCACUCUUUUGUACAAAUAUAGAUUUAGUCUUCAUGGUCAAAUAUAGUAUGGUCCUUAUUUUAGACCAUUUCAUUUCUCCUCAUUUUUAAAGCCUUUUCUCUGAUAUGUGGGAAAUAGACAAUGCAUAAAAUCUGCAUUUGUGUAUCAUUUCUAUCAGUCAUAUCUAAGUUUCUGACCUGUGAGAGUCAUCUUCUUUGACAAUUAGGAGUUUUCAAACUGUCUUUUAUCAUACAUCAUAGCUUUCAUUCCUGGUGUUAUUUGUUUUUAUCCAUCAAAGUUUUUUUUUUCUUUAUUUAAUGGCAGGAAAAUAUUCGUCACUACAAGCUCCUGCAGGUUGAAUGGGGCUAACAGAACACUUAGAGCUAACUAUUCCAUGAAAAACUCUCUGUAAAUGAAGUGAAAACACUUGGUAGACUAAUAACAUUAAGGCUAUACAACUUAGUAAGCAACUUUCUUUGUAGAGGACAGUGUUGCAAUCAAUGAAAACCAUGCAAAUUUUGUCAUUUUUGCACAAAUAAAGAGAAUAAAGGUACAAACACGA